CACCGAGCCACCGUCAGCAGGAGGAGGAGCCAGCAGGCUGAGGAUGCUGUCAGGUUGCCGUGGUUUCAGCCUCCUGCUUCUUGAGCCGACCGUUGCGUGCGCGGCCGAAGGCUGAGAGCUGUGAGGAUUUAUGACAGGACGGAGGGAAGGAGGUGAGGAGGAAAGGAGGGGAGGAGGAGGCUGUGACAGCAGGAGGUGUUGAAGGGUGGAUUAUCGCUGCUGCAGAAAAACAUCAGAGUCAUCGUUUCCUCUGAGUUCUGGCCAUCAGGAAGCUCCAUCACUCCAUCUGAGCAGAGGGAGGACUGAAGGAGGGAUGGAGGGAGUGUGAGUCCUCGCUGGUCCUCAGAUCCGUGGGGAGUCAUGACCUCUCAGGAAGAGGCGUCUUCCUUCAGGAGGUUCUUUCAGUACGUGGAGGACAGCGCGCUUCGGACAUACGACGGUCUGGUGAUCCAAAACGCUUCCGACAUCGCCAGAGAGAGCGACCGCAUCCGGAACCAGACCAACUGGACCUACCUGCAGGAGAAACACCAGAAGAAGAGACGGCAAGAAGAGGCCAUUAAGAGGAUUGGAGAAGACGUCGCCACGGCCUCAGAUGGGGCAUACUCUGGAAAACAUUUCAGGAUGGGCUUCAUGACGAUGCCGGCGCCACAGGACCGACUGCCCACGCCGACCCAAGGCUUCACUGUGCGAUCCCAGUCUCUUCACUCAGUCGGCGGUGGAGAGGAAGACUCCAACCACAGUCGCAAGCAACCUCCACCCAAACCCAAGCGAGACCCGACCACCAAACUGAGCAGCAGCUCUGAGGCGGUGGAUGGAGUCACUGGUUUCAUAAAGAGAGAGUAUCAAGAAGCAAAAGAUGGUGCAGAACUUUCAGAAGCUCGAUACCAUCACCACAGUGAAGAAUCCAGGAAGAUGCCUCCACCCAAACCUAAGAGAGACCCAAACACUCAGCUUAGCUCCUCUUUUGAUGAGUCCUACGUCCGUAACCACUGCAGCAAGAAGUCUUCCCUCCAAGACGAUAAAUCCUCGUCUCAGAGUCACAGCCCGGCAUCCAGAGACACGGACGACGAAGAGCCGGUUUACAUCGAGAUGGUCGGAAACAUCCUGCGUGAACUGAAAGGUCAGGAAACGGUGGACGACGAGCAGAGCGAGUCUGUGUACGAGGAGAUGAAGUUCCCGAUGCUGGAGGACUUUCUACAGGAUGUGCAGUCUACCAUCAUCGACAGUGAGGCGUGGUCUUCCCGCGGUUCGUUCUGUGACAUUCCUCCACCCUUCCCAAACCUCCUGACUCACCGCCCUCCGUUGCUCGUCUUCCCGCCCGCCCCGGUCCAGUGCUCCCCCAACUCCGACGAGUCCCCUCUCACCCCGCUUGAUGUCACUCGUCUGCCUAUGCUAGAAAACGUUAGUUUGAGUAAAUCGGGUGGAGCAGAGCAGCCACAGAGCUCCGGUCACCACCGUAAAGACCGAGACCGGGACCGGGACGCGUCCCACACUCACACAAUCACAUCCUCUGGUCGCUCAUCAGCCCCUCCCCUUGCCUCCAGUUUUUACAAGUCGUCUAGCUCCGCCCACAGCGGUCACGGCUACCCCCGCAGCCAAUCAGCAUGCCCGUCUCCGGUCAGCAUGGGGCGCGCUCUGACUCCUCUGAGUUUGAAGAGGCCGCCCCCUUAUGACACUCUGAUAGCAGGAGGAAGCAUACCCCGCUCCUCUUCCUCAUCAUCGUCAUCCUCACAGAGGGCAGGAGAGGGUGGAGCUAAACUCAGUAACUCGUCCUCCGCCCACGGCUCCAUGCACAACGUCUCGGCGCGGUGCCAGACUCCCACCAGCCCGCUGGACGAACUCAACAACCUGUUUGCGUCUGGCAGGCAGGUGAUGAAGAGGGGCUCAGCAGGGAGGAAGAGCAGAGAGGGUGAAGGAGACUCCAAGACUCUGCCAAGACACGACAGUAAAGACAGAGACGGACAAUCCAGUCCAGUUUCCAGCAGGAUGGGGAGGUCUUCUGUGAGCCCCACCAUGAUGCUGACGGGCGGAGGAGGAGGAGGAGGAGGAGGAGGAGAAUCAAAGACUGUGGGUAAACUGGGCCGGUCUGCAUCAACAUCAGGGGUUCCGUCUCCAGGCGGAACGCCGCAGCGCCACCUCCAUGAUGCCCACCACCCGGCCCUCAGCCAGAUGCCGUGGCUCUGCGGCGACGCCACCAUGAUGGAGAUGAUCGAAAAGAAGAGAGUUUUGUGCCGAGAGAUCAAAGCUCGUCAGCGGCCGGAGAAGAACCUGUGCAAACAGGACAGCAUGCCCAACCUGCCCAGCUGGAGGAGGAAGCAGCCGCCGCCAUACUCAGCCCCGCCCACCGCCACCGGACACGCCACCACCGUGUUCUGGGACACCGCCAUCUGAGAACAACCCACAGGGACGUCCAGAACAACGUUCUCCUCCGAGGCAGAGAGAAACCGACGAGGAUGAAGAUGAUUAUAGUGAUUAUGAUGGUAACCAUAGUGGUGACAAUGAUGGCGAUGAAGAUCGUAAUUUAUAAUGAUCUUCAUCAUCAUUAUUGGUAAUGAUGAUGAUGGUGGUCAUGAGGGUGGUGAUGGGGAUGAAGAUAAUUAUUAUGAUGAUGAAAAUGAUGAUCAUGACGAUAGUAAUGAUAGGAUGAAGAUGAUGUCUCAUCCUCCUCCUCAUCAUCUUCCUCCAGAGCUGCUGGCCGGUUGAAUUUGCCGCCAGCUGAUUGGUUGAUGAGUUGAACUUUCCAGUCGUUCUUUUUGCUUUGAACAAUCAUUUGAUUCAGUUUGACGUUCACACCUGCAGACUCGCCUGCUUUGAUGUUUCCACUUCCUGUCACGUGACGCAGUUUGAGUUGACUUCAUCCUCAUCUGAACCUCGUUAAUGAACAUUAACGACAGAAAUUAAUGUGCGUCCAAACGGACAGCCUUUCAGCCAGGUUUUAACUCCUCAAGACAAAGGUUCAAACAGGCGUCCUGCUGUCCAAUCAGAGCGCAGAGCGGCGCGGAGGGGGCGUGGCUGUUCAGGUGUAGCAGAGAUUCCUGUCGUCUUUCUAGUUCUUAUUUUUUUAUCUGUGAAAUAUUCAGAUGGCUGUUUCUUUUUAAGUCGUGUAGCAGAAAAAAUGAAUUCCUCUAUGUCUGAAAAGAAGACGCGGCGCAUCACUGCGAUGUGUUUUUAUAUUUCUGAAAGAAAAGAUGGUGACGUCUGUGUGUGGAGUGUAGUCGGAACGUGAACAUGUUUUUAUAAAAUAUUUUAAAACUGAGAAUAUUUUGGCAGGCUGGUUGUUGGUUUGUGCUCAUUUGCAAGUGGUGAAUUUUCAAUCCAGUUUGACUCCAGUGAGUCUCAGUGGAAAUUCUCAACUGGACUCAACUGUAAAUUCCGUUUUGAUUCAAGCUAAAUAUAAAUUUUUCAAACCACUUUGACUUUAAAUUCCUUCCUUUAUGAUUAUUUUAUUUAUGUAUAUUUAUUUAAUCAAGUUUUUGAUUCCAGUUUGUUUCUAACUUGUUUCCGAUUUGAUUCCAGUUUCACUACAAUUUAAAACUCAGAUUGUAGUUUUAGUCUCAAGUUUAACUCUUGCUGGUUCCCAGUCUAAUUUCAGUCUAGUCCCCUUGGCUCUGGUAUAACUCCAGACUGUCACCAGUUUUACUCCAGUUUGACUCCAGUUUGACUCCAGUUUGACUCCAGUUUGACAGCAGUAGAACUCUGCAGCAAACUAAAGUGAUAGUCUGAGUUUGAACUAGAACCUGAGUUAACUAACCCAGGUUCAGUUUGAUCCAAACCUUACCCCAGUGUGAACACAGAUUAAAUCCAGUUUGGCUUCAUAAAUGUAGCCAAAAACGAUUCAUCCUGUUGGAUAACAGCCAUUUCCACACCACAGUGUGAAUCACACUCAAAAGGUUUAUCAGGAUCUUCACCUGACCUUUGACCUGGAGGUCAGGUGGCUGUUGAUCUGUAGAUGCCUGCUGGUCCUGAUGAACCAGGAGAAACAAAACUUCCUUCUUUCUGUGAUCAAUGUGAAACCACCUGAAGACAAGCGCUGGAUUCAGGUUGAAAUAUGCACAUGGAUUAAAUAUUAAAUAUUUAUCUGCUCACAAACUUCUCCUUUUGCACAAAAUGUUUGUCAUCAUUAAACUAAGUGCACUUCCUGAGUUUGUAAAAGUUUCCUCAAACAUGAUUUAUUUGUAGUUAUUUACAGGAAAUGAAUAUUAUAUCAGCCUA